AUGUACGUAUGUACAGCUCCUGACGCUUCAACUCCUCGUUGCGGGGCUUCUCAAAAACUUUGUGGAGAACUGCGGAGACUAUGUACGUCGCAGUCCCCUGCUGCCGCCAUUGGUUUUGCGCUAAGACACUUCGACUCUGCAGUGCUAGGAGCUUUGCUAAGAAGCGGCAUCCUGCGGGUGGCCAUGCAUCCCUCAGUCCGUGUUGCCUGUCACGGGAUCGCUGCAGCAGCAGCGCUGCUCAGGAAAAUGGCAAUUAUUGCAGCCUCUGAGGAGACUGCGCCGCAGCAGCAGCAACGCGAGCCGCAGUGGCUGGACAUCAGGGCGCUGUUGGCUGUUACCUUCGUGAGGUGUCUGCGAGUAGGCGAUCCUCAAAUACUGAAGCUGCUGCAGCCCGCCGCCGUUGCUGCUCUAGAUGAUGUCUCCUUAAGGCUCCUUAGCGCGGUGCAGGAAAGCUCCGCAGCCGCAACAGCUGCAGCAGGCGCAGCCGUGGCCACUCAGCGGCAACGCAUGCAGCAGAAACUCCUUGCACUGCAGCAGCAACAGCAUUUUGACGCACAAGAGGCGCAGCUCGCAGAAGACAAGCGCAGGGAAAUGCUUUCUCAGCUGCAGGCUUUGGACGCCGCCUUUAGGGCUCUAGAGGCGUUGCGGCCUCUCCCGCUACCCUCCACGAAGAAUUGGCUGCACAUGGUAUAGGCAGCGCAAACGACAACGGCUUGGACUGAAGAGAUCUGCUCCCAGCUGCUAGAGUCUCCGCUGCUGCUGCAGCGGCAUGCUCUGCCCGACUCGCUGUUGCUUCGGCUCUUGCAGGCAGCAGCGUCGGGGCAAGCCUACGAGCUGGCGGACAAGAACCAGCCUUGCCUCUUCCCCUCGUGCAUCCUUCUUGACGGCUGCUGCUCCUUUGUGGAAGCGCUCGUGCAGCGCCUCAAGAGCGCCUGUCUGACUGCAGCCGCCGCUCAGCAAGGCAGUGCAGCGGCGGCGUCUGCGGCCUGUGCCGUCUGGCUGCUCCCCCAAAAUGCAGCGGAGUCUCCAUGGCUGCGACGGCUUUGCCGUAUCUUUGAAGGCCUUGUAAGGAUACCCCUGUUCGACGCCUCUUGUGCUGCGGCUUCGGUGAACGUAGCAGAGCACGCCAAGGCUGCAGCUGCUGCUGCUCGCAGCGUGGAUAGCGCAGCAGCCACUGUCAACAGCAGCGGCGUGUCUCUUCACGACUACUUCCUGGAAAUGAGAAGACUCGAGUUCGUCUCAGGAGCCUCCCACCUGCUGAACUACUCGCCGCCCCUCGACAUCAAGAGCAUCCUUGACCUCCUCUUUAGACAGUCAGUCACGAAUUUCACAUGGGAUGCUGCGAUUUGCGCGGCCACCCCUUGCGCUAACUAA